AUGCCUUCCACGGCUGAAGAAGAGGAAGACUUUGGUCUUAGUUCUGGCGACGAGGCCGAAUGCAUUGCUAUAGUCGAGAGCUUUGGCAGCAAUGGCGGCCGGAAACGAAGAAUAUCAGAUGUUGAAACCCCUCCCGCGAAGAGACUGGCUGUUAACCCGAAGCUGUCUGCUCUAGCAGUUCAAGUGCUCACAGAGAGCUUCCAGAUGAAGUCCUUUCGAUUGAUGCAGGAGCGAGUAAUUGCUAGACUAUUGCGAGGUGGGUCUGCGACGGUGGUCUUCCCGACAGGUGGUGGUAAAAGCUUGUGUUUCCAAAUACCCGCCCUCUUGUUCUCAGAGCUAGACAAGAUAGAAGGGACACGGCAUGCGGCAGACGGAGGGAUCACGCUGGUUGUCUCUCCGCUGAUAGCCUUGAUGAAGGAUCAGGUUGACGCAUUGGUAAGACGCGGAAUUAAAGCUGCGACGCUAGAUUCAACGAAGAGUAGAGAAGAAUAUCUUCACACUUGCGAUAUGCUCCGCAAUGGAGAGCUGAAAUUGCUAUACUGCGCGCCCGAGCGACUGAACAAUGAAGGAUUCGUGGAGCAGAUGAAACAUGUACGAGGCGGGGUUCGGCUUCUGGCUGUGGACGAGGCGCAUUGCAUUUCUGAAUGGGGCCAUGCCUUUCAAGUAUCAAGAUUCGCCCAAGAAAUUCGAGCGGAGAGAGUCAUAUGUUUAACUGCGACCGCGACUCCAAGAGUUGCUUCAGACAUAUGCAAAGCUUUCAACAUUGAUGAGUCCGAGGGCCUUUUUCGAACAUCUACAUAUCGUCCGAAUCUUAAACUUCUUGCAAAAACUGGCAGGACGAAGGAAGAAUUGGCACCUGAACUAUAUGCAUUUCUCCAUGACAAUCCUGGACCGUCGAUUGUCUAUGUCACCCUGCAAAAACAGACCGAAGCGCUUGCAGCUGACCUGCGAAGACAAGGGUUCGAGGCGAAGUCGUUUCACGCAGGAAUGGAUACCGCAUUGAAGACAAAAGUACAAGAGGAAUUCAUGAAAGAAAACAACCUUGUCAUCGUGGCGACUAUCGCUUUCGGAAUGGGAAUUGAUAAAGCCAAUAUUCGCAACGUUAUUCACUGUAAUAUACCUAGCAGCCUCGAAUCAUAUAGCCAGGAAAUUGGAAGAGCUGGCAGAGAUGGAGAGAUUAGCAACUGCAUGUUCUACAUUUGUAGCGAGGACCUCCACCUACGGGAACUGUUCGCGAGAGGGGAUUUGCCUUCAAAGUCAUCAGUGCACAGACUAUUGGGCGACAUUUUCGACAAAGAGACAGCUGCCUUACCUGUUGGAGCGGAAUUAAGGCGCAAUCACUACCAGCAGGGCAAAGAUUUUGAUAUCCGUCCCACUACCUUAUCCAAUAUCUACGCUCAAUUGGAGCUAAAUCACCACUUAAUUAGAGCAACGACCCCAGUGUACACGAAGUACUCUUAUACUGUCGAAGAGGGCUACCAUCGUCGCAUCGCCGGAGACAAUUCACCUGCUGCAAAGGCAAUCAAGCAAUUCGGGAAGAAGGCAUCCAAGCUUUAUCAUCUCGAUAUGGACAAAGCUGUUGCAUCAACAGGUACCCCACGAAUGGAUAUCGUACGGAAACUAAAUGAUUUCAAUGAAAGUAAAGACCUCGUGUUGAAGCCCUCAGGGGUAUUGAACGCCUACAAGGUGGUUGGCCGUUUACCGAGAACUCCUACGGAUAUCAAGAAACUGGCAGACCAGAUUUACACGAUCAUGGAGAAGAGGGAAGAAGACGCUCUGGCGCGUGCUGAGGAGAUGUUAGCUCUUGUUACAGAUACAAAGUGCUUUUCACGAUCCUUGGCUGAGCACUUUGGAGACAGUUUGCCUAAUGGCAAGGCGGAAUGUGGGCACUGUCAGUGGUGUCUAACGCAUACUGCUGUGGUACCUCAUGAACCACCUCCAGCUAAAAUGCAUCAAGGGUUGUUACAAGCUGUUCUGGACGCAAUGCCGGAUAGGGAUGAUCCAAGACUGCUUACGAGGAUUGCAUUUGGUAUUUCAAGUCCGCGGAUCACGGCGGCGAAACUUGGAAAAGAUGCUGUGUUUGGAUCGAUGGCGGAUCAUACCUUUUCUUGCCUACGGGAUGCAUCGGCCACUGCGCCUGCCAAGAGGAGCUUCCAUUUCCCAAGUAUCGCCAAAAUGCUGCUGUUGUUGAAAGACAGAAGACCCGAGCGAAUGCUUAUUGGGAAUCAUAGAUGCCAAUUAGCUCUUCAAUUCCGUUUCCUGUCGCAAUUGAUCACUAAGCCCCCUAGUGUUCUUUCCAUAGAUGAGGUCAAACGACUUCUUACUAGAGAUUAUCGCUUCGGUUGA